ACGCCCAUUGGAGCAAGAAACGGGACUCCCGUUGGUUCAAAUGGGUUGUCAGUCGAAUUUCCACAUGAACCCUACACUUGUCAAGUGGAAUACAUGAGAAGGCUUCUUCUGGGUCAAAAUGCCAUCUUGGAAUCGCCCACUGGCACAGGAAAGACGCUAUGUCUACUUUGUACUUCACUGGCCUGGAUUAUAAUUCAUAAAUGUACUAAUCAUUGUUGUCCAGUGGAUCCCUUUUCCGAAGUCAGGAUUGCACAACUUAGACCCAAUAAGCCCAAAGUCAUUUUCGCCUCUCGAACCCAUUCUCAACUGGCACAAGCGGUCAAAGUGCUGAAGGAAACUGCCUAUAUUGUUGUAAACCCCAUACACGACCGGAGGUAUGUGAGUACAGUAACCUCAGUAGGUUAUCGUACUUCUGGGGCAUUCCUUUUCGAAGAAGGGAGCCCAUCAGAGCUUCGCAGUCAAUUGAGUCGAAGGCUCCUUUCAGGUCAAGGAACACUGCUAUCGUUGGCCGACGGUGGGUUUGACGCAGAUCAACGAUCUGACGCAACGUGUAAAUCUGAUCAAUACAUCCACGGCCAAGCCGGAAUUCGGCUUGCUGUUUACGGAUGUUAG